GCGGCUGUUUCUUCCCACUUUCCCACCCACCACCGCCGCUUCUCUCCAACAGACGGGAACCCCAACCCAUCGCCAUGGCGUCGCGGAUCCUGGCCCGAUCCAAGGCCCUCAACCUCGCCGCCGCCCUCAACCGCGCCGCCGCCGACGCAGCGCCGCCGAUCGCCGGAGCCCGCGCGCUCUCGUCCCUGCCCCGCUACCCGUCCGCCCCGUCGCCCCAUGCGCUCGGCAAGUUUCUGGGAUAUGAACCAACAUCUCACCUCAGUGGAGCACAAGUUUUACCUCGUUGGUUUUCCUCUCUAGCAUCCAAUGGAUCCCAGAUGCAGAAGUCACAGAUCUCUGAGACAUACAAGUCAAGUGAGGAAGCCACACCAAAGGUUAUGGCCUUCAGCCCGCUAGAAGCAGCUAUCGCUAAACCUAGAAGUAGUCCCCUGACAAGUGAGAGUUCUAAAGUAAGGCGAUCAGAGAUGGCAAGCAAAAUCACCUUUUACAUGAUCCCAGCUAUGCUUCUUGUCUCCAAGAACAGCAUAAGUACCUCUCUUAUGGUCGGCGCGGUGUUCCAUCAAGUAUACAUGUUCCACAAGGAGAUUCUUCUGGACUACGUGCACCAUGAUAUCACCAGAAAGUGGGCUUUGAUAUACUUGAAGCUGCUUUUGCUGGUGAUGGCGAAGGACACCAUCAUGUACUUUAAUCUGUUUUAAGCUCAUCGUGUUAGUUUCUCAAAUAUCCAGCAAUGCAUCCGUCUGUACACUCAGAGAAUAAUGAAGAUGGACGAAUUCUGGAGCUCUGGUUCUUGUAUUCCCCCUCAUGAACUUGCUUUUUGCCAUCUUUUUCUGCUGCAAGUAUCUUUCCUGUUAAGUUUAUCAGCUUGGAAGGAAGGGAUUGAUUGGUGACCAGUCAGAUGAUAUCCCUGAUUCUGCACCUCCGUUUGUAAUAAUGGUUAAUAUCAAUCGUGCAACUAAAUAUUUACUUUUGUUUUGCUAGCCUGUUUAAGUCUCAACAGGUUUAUGCCCCAUGCUUGUCAUCAUAACAUGGAUUGCCCUGCCUGUUUCCUUC